AUGGAUCCGGCCCCGCCCUACGACCACCGCCGCGGCGGCGGCGGAGGGCACUACUACCCCGCGCAGCACCAGCACAGCAACGGCCACUUCGCGCCGGGAGGGGGCGGCGGGCCCGCGCGGUCCAGGCACGAGCAGUACGACCCGUACGAGGCCUUCCCGCCGCCACCGCCGCCGCCGCCGCCGCCGCCGCCGCACCGCCCCAGCUACGCGCCCCCUCCCCCGCCUCCUCCUCCCGAGGCCUACUCCACCCCGCAGCCGCCGCCCUACCACAGCUCGCCCGCUCAACACUACCACGGCCAACAGCGUCACCCCGACGACGAGAUCCGCCGCGCCGCUGGGCACCACCACCAGCACAAUCCCCAUCACCACCAGCAGCAUCAGCAACAGCCGCAGCACCACCAUCAACAGCAGCAGCAGCAGCAGCACCACCACCAUCAUCAGCAGCAGCAGCCUCCCCCGUGGGAGGACCCUGAGGACCGCAGGCGGAGAUACGCCCCUGCCCACAAGGAGCCAGAGGACGACAGGCGCAGAUACGCCCCUGCUCACCAGGAGCCAGAGGACGACAGGCGUAGAUACGCCCCUGCUCACCAGGAGCCCGGGGAAGACAGGCGCAGAUACGCCCCUGCUCACCAGGAGCCUGGGGAAGAUAGGCGCAGAUACGCCUCUGCUCACCAGGAGCCAGAGGACGAGAGGCGCAGAUACACGUCCCCCCACCAGCUCCGUCUCUCACCUCCGCCCAGCCCGCGCAAGAAGCAGCGGUGCGCCUUACAUGACCGGGUCGACCUCGAGAGCACCUCCAGCUCUGGCCCGCUGCCUUCCCGCCAUCAGAGGCAGCAGCCCAAUGCCAGCUACGCACCGGUCGACAGUUUUGUAGACAGGCCCCCUGUGCAUCCCGGCUACAGCCACGAGAGCUUCUCAACACACAGCGACAGCAAGGGCAGCAGGAAGAUUCAGAUGGCUUCGCAGACGUCAACGCUGUCUGGCUCGCCAUGCUCGCCACGUGCCACGAUUCUUGCGCAUCCGAGGCGCACCCCGCAGAAGGAGCCUGCCCCAAGGAGACUUUCUGUGUGGCAGCGGAUAGAGGAGGGCCCUGCUGCUGCUAUGCUACAGCCGCCACCGCCAAAGGCCUUGCAUAUUUCACCAUCCAAGUCAAGCAAUGCUGGCUCUGUUUCAAAGGGAUUGGCCAGCGUGAUCUCUGUAGACUGCAAGGUGAAGAGUGCUGGUAGUAAUGAGGGUGACAGCACUAAAGUAAUAGAGAAGGAUGCUGGAAAAAACAUUAGGAAGGUGUUGUCCUCUGUUCUUGUGAAGCCUUCACCGGAGUCCAAGGAAAAAGAAGUGGGUGUUGUGAAGCUUCCUGGGAAGCAUGAUAAUGUCCAGGAGAAUGUGGCAGAUUCCCCUAGUAAAAGUUUGGGCUUAGCUGGUCGUCCUGUGGCUGGUGCGAAGAAAGUGAAGAAGAUAGUUAUCAAGAAGAUUGUGAGGAGGAUUGUUGGCAAGGAUAAACAGAUUAGUAGCGAAAUUGUAUCUGAGAAGAGAGAUAAUAUUGAUGCUAUUGCAAAUGCUUCUGAGAAAGAAGAGGGUGAAAUCAUAACUUCAUCGCUGGAAAAGGAUACUGUAUCUGAACACAACUUGGUUAGCACUAGUGGUACAGCUGGAGCUAGUAAUGAUGUGAAUGUCCAGAAGGGUGAAAAUAGUAACUCAAUAAAUCCACGUAAAAGGAAAGCUACUUCAUCCAUCGAGUCCAAGAAAAUUCUUGAUCCAACAAGUUGUAGUGGGAGUAAGCAUCCUGGAAAGGAAAACAGUAGAAGCUCCAUGGUUCCAGGUGAUAAUAAUGCUGCUUCAGCCAUUAAAUCUAUGGAAGCGCUUGCUGCAAGACGAAGCGAGCAUCUUGGGAAAGCAAAUAGGAGCGGUGUUAGGAAUGCAACCUUGGUGUCUACGAAUGAUAAUUAUCAGAAGGAGGAGGGUGAAAUCAUGUCUCUUUCAGGUGAAAUGAGUGCUGCAAGUGCAAGUAAUCCUGUGAGAAUUUCUGAUAGGCGUGCAGUUUCCAGCAGGGAAGUGAGCAAAGCUCGUAAGGAUGCUAGUGAAAAAAACACUGUUUUCAUGAAUGGAGUUACUGUAAAUCAUGGUGCAUCAGAAAUUUGUGGAAAUGAGGAUGCUAGGAGUGAAGGUGAGGGUAUGAUUCUGACUGGUUUAGGUGAAAAGAGUAUUUCUUCUUUAGGUAAGACUAUGGGAACUACUAGAAUGGCCGAAGUUAGGGUGAGCCAGGAUGCAUGGGAGGAAGAAGGUAACAUGCUCGCCCAUCGGGGAACUCUUAACGCUAUGGAAGUUGGUGCCAAUGAGGAUAUCCUGAGUAAACAAGGUAGAAUGUGCAUGGAAUCAAGUGAAGGUAAUGUUUCUGUGGCACACCAUGUGAAGGUUUUUAAUACAAGGGAACUCGUUGUGAAUGAGGAUACCAGGGACAAAGAGAGCCAAGUCCCCUUAGAAUUAUGUCAAACUAACACUUCAAAAACAAUACACCACUUGGAAGCUCCUAAUACAUCAGAAACUAUUAAAAGUAAGUUUGUUGGCAAGGAAGUGGGCAAGAGCCUCAUGGGGUCAACUGAGAGACAUGUUGCCACCACCGCUAAUUCUGGGAGCACUCCAGAAUUUAAUUUAGCUGGUGGAACUGGCAACAGCCACAUGGAAGCUCUCCUCAAUGACGGAACUGCUUUCAAUGAAUUAGAUGCUCCCCUGGAAGUUGAAGGUAGAGAUUUCUUUAAUCUGUCAUCUUCCAGAAAUGUUGAAAGCAUGAAUGUGCUGCCAUUAGAUGAUGAUCUUAUGGAGUACUCAACCCAGGAUAUUGUUUUGAAUAAUGGUAUAGAAAGGGGCGGUACAGCUCAGGUAGCAGAACUGAUAAAUCUUCAUAGAGGUCAUCUGUCUCCCGAGAUUGAUUUUCCCUUGGCACAUUCCCGUGAAUCUUCAUCUGUAUCUGGUAACUGCGAGCAGUCUGUUCCUACAACUUUGACACUUGGCAGUAAUUUCUAUUUCAGUAACAUAGAAAGUGAGCGACAGCUUGAGGAAAACCAUCAGCUGCUGGAAGGCCAGAAAGGAUUUAAUGUUUCCACAGUGACAGAAUUUGAUAGUCUUGUAAAACAAAAAGGUGUGGCUGAUGAUGACUCAGUUGGUAUAGGUUCUCAAAAUUGGCUGACUUUACCUCCAGCGGUCAACAGCAUUGCUAUGUCUGAGCAGUUUGUGACUAACGAUGCUACUGUUAGGGAAGAUGGGAUAGGUUUGGGUCAGAGCGUGGACAAUGACACUUCUGUUAGUCAGGAUCAUGAUACUGCACAAGAUUUGGAGCGGUGUGGAAGUGUGGAUGCUUUCUCUAGUCAGGUUAACAGCAUUAGGCUAUCUGUAUUUGGUAGUGAUAUGCCUCAGUCAGACUCAUUGGCACCCAAAGAGAUCAGUGGCGAUGUUGAGAAACAUGGUGAGAUGGUUCUCUUGGGUUUGCACUCUAUUAGCUCAACAAAUGUUGUAGAUCAACAUGAUCAUCAAAUGGUGGAUAUUCCUGUGGGUAACCCAACUGAACCUGCUAUCCCAGCUGUAGAAUCUAUUGAUGUGAUGGAUGCAGAGCUACUUUCUCCUCAGGUAUCUGUUGAGCCGGAUAAUACCUAUGACAGUAAUAAAGGAAUCAGUGGCGAUGUUGAGAAACAUGGUGAGGUAGUUCUCUCUGGUUUGCACUCUAUUAGUUCAGUAAAUGCUGUAGAUCAACAUGAUCAUCAAAUGGUGGAUAUUCCUGUGGGUGGUAACCCAAUUGAACCUGCUAUCCCAGCUGUGGAAUCUACCGAUGUGAUGGAUACAGAGCUUUCUCCUCAGGUAUCUGUUGAGCCAGACAAUAAUACUUAUGAAAGUAACGCUGAAGGUCCUGUGGUUAACUCAAGCACAAAGAGAGAUUUGUUGUCUUCUUGGAUUGAAUCCAUUGUGUCAGAAGCUAAAAAGGAUCAUCAACCAUGCAAAUCUACUUUACCUUCUAUUGGUUUGCCAGUCUUAGCACCAAAGGAGGAUAGCAGGAGAGCAGGAUUGGACUCGGUUGGAAACCCUGUGGGAAAGUCUCCUCAGAUGAAUUGUACAAGCUCUAUGCCUCCCAAGGUAGCUCCUAAACAGGCAAAUUUGCCCAGUUCAUCCCGAGAGCCUCCUCGUAUAAGUUCAAAUGCAAGGCACAAGACGUGGCAUCGUGGUGACAUGGCAUCUUCUACAUCUUUGCCCAGUUCACAGCCUUCAGGAUUACCGCCUAAACAACCACCAAGGAGGAAUGACAAAACCCAAAACUCUUAUAUACGCAAGGGUAACGCCCUUAUUAGAAAUCCAGCAACAGGAAAACUUUCUCAUUCUUCUAGUCUGGAUACUCAGAGUAUGUUGAAUAAGCCUGUGAUGAGGAGAAGCAUGAACUUCGUCAGGAAAGUUGAUCCAAAUGAUUCUGCAGCUCGUUCUAAUUUUACAGUUGAAAGACCUAAGACUCCUCCUUUACCACUUCAUGCCAAAUCCAUCAAUUCAACAACAAACCUUCCGGAGCAGUUGUCUAAAACUUUGCCCAAGCAGCAUGUUCCAGAAACUGAAAAAGAAGGUUCGGCCAAGCAGUUAAACGCAGGUGUUGAUACCCCAAGCAUUAGAAGUGCACAAACACCUGAACCUUCAGAUGCUAGUAAAGUGGUUUAUGUUAGACCGAGAUCAAAUCAAUUGGUUGCUGCACAGAGGCCGUGCCCUGAUGACCUGACUAAAAGUUCUAUGGAUAAGGUUUUAUCACUGCAGCCACCCACAGCCUCUGAUUUAUAUUUCAAGAAGCGGAAAAAUCAGAUUAUUUUGAGUUCAUCUUCCUCUGAUGGUCAGAAUACGAAAGAGAUUAUACCUGCUGAGAGCUUAAAUUCAGGUGAGAAUAAAGGUGUACAAAUUGCAUCCUCGAAUAACAGUAUCAGUGGUUUAAAGGAGAGACCUCAUAAAGCUCUUCAGACAAAUAAUAUGGGUACUUCAUCCCACGUGUGGACACUCAGUGGGCAACAACCACAGAGGAAAGGAUCUGUGGGAACUAGUUAUGUGAAGACCUUCCCACGUAUUCUUCCAUGGAAAAGAAAAAUAUACUACAAGAAUUUUAGAAGCAGUCACAGUCAGAAUGUGAGCUCCUUACGAAUAGUCAGAAAACUAUUACAAACCAAGAAGAGAGAUAUGAUUUAUACGGUCUCAACUAAUGGGUUCUCUAUACGGAAAUCUGGCGUGUUAAGUGUUGGUGGAUCAAGUUUGAAAUGGUCACGAUCUCUUGAGAAGCGCUCUCAAAAGGUUAACGAGGAGGCUACAUUGGCAGUUGCUGACGUUGAAAAAAAGAGAGGAGAAAAACGGAAACGGCAGUAUCUCCAUCAUACUCGAAGAAAUGAUCAAUACUCUUUAUCUGUUGCUGACAAUCAGUUAAGAAACAACAAUCAAGCGUCUUCAGAUUUGAGGAGGUCGUCAUCUUGCAAUGGAUAUGUGCGUGUUAGCAAAGGUAACCAACUGGUUAGAAACCCCAAAAAAGUAAUUCGCAUGCUAGCAAAUGAGAAAGUUCGAUGGAGUUUGCACACUGUUCGAUCACGCCUGGCAAAGAAACAACAGUACUGUCAAUUCUUCACUCGGUUUGGCGAGUGCAAGAAGCCUGAGGGCGAGUGUCGCUAUAUUCAUGACCGUGCUAAAGUGACUAUCUGCACUAAAUUUCUUAAAGGCCUGUGUUCUGACACUAGCUGUAAACUCACACACAAGGUCCUCCCAGAAAGAAUGCAAGAUUGUUCUUAUUUUCUGAAAGGUCUCUGUACCAACACAGCUUGUCCCUAUAGGCAUGUUAAAGUGAACUCCAAUGCUCCUGCGUGUGAAGAUUUUCUGAAGGGAUACUGUGCAGAUGGUGAUGAGUGUCGUAAAAAGCAUAGCUACGCAUGCCCAGUCUUUGAGGCAACAGGAGAGUGCCCACAACAAUCUACGUGCAAACUUCAUCACCCCACCAAGAAGCCAAUCAAAUCUAAGAGAAGCAGACCAGACACCCCCCAAAACAGUAGCUGGGGACGGUAUUUUGACACCAGCAUUAGACAUGACAGCGAGACAAGCAAAGUUUCUUCAGGCCAAGAUGACAGACAGAAACAGCAACAUGAUGUUUUCUCAGGUGGGGACUUCACUGACUUCAUCACCCUUGACAUUGAUGGUGAAGAAGGUGUUGAUGAACCAGACAACAUACAGAGUGUUGGUGUGCCAGACAGCAUACAGAGUGUUGAUGUGCCAGACAGCAUACAGAGUGGUGAUGCGCCGGACAGCAUACAGCUGAUGGAACUGGACUCGGGGGAUCUCGGCGCGGAGGCUGAUGAUCUUGAUGCACUAAUCAAACCUCUUCGGAUCAUGAGAACGGCAAGAGUGUGACAGGCUAACAACUGCUGGAACUUGGUCUGGGGCAAAGUUCAACAUUCCAGCGUGCAGGGCUUCAUAAUCUUGAUGCACAAGCGAAGCCGCUUCGGGUCCUGAGGAUAGGAGUUUGAUGGCAGAUGGGACUGUGCUAAGGGGGUUUCAAGUUUUGGACAUGGACAUGCAGGUUGGUAAUCAAGCUGUGACUCGGAUCGGCGAGACGAGCAAGGGUUUGACAAGUUUUUCGGUUAUCUCGGAUACCCGCUGUUGAUAUAGUUCUUUGCUGCGCCUCACCAAGCUGCGGCGCUGACUGGGUUUUCUCUUCGACAUACCCAUAUAUAGAUAGGGAAAACAUUCCUUGUCAUUUCUUUUGUUCUUUCCUUUUUAACAUCUCAUUUUCAUUCAUACAUAGGUUCCAUUGUUUCAAACAUAGUGGGAGCAACUGGCUGUAUUACCUGUGUGUUGGAUGUAAAAACACAUAUCAUAUCUGUGAAAGAAGAAAUGCAACUUUAUUUGCAGCU